CUGCAUCAAUUUAUACGCGGUAGUGAUGGAGGAUGACAGCAUUCCGAAAAUUACAUCUACGGAUCCUACAGUUGCAGAAUUGCCACGAACGAAGAAGGUCAUCUCUAACAAAAGCUACUACUCACAGCAUUGAAGAAAACGUGACACAUGAUUCCUCGGUAACCUUAUCAACCCAUCAGCCCCAUCUUUGGUUUCAGUGCCGGUACUGUACGGAAAGUUUUGAUACUAGCAAACGGCUGUCUAUUCACAUGAAUAAUCACGAGGAGCAUGAUAAAAGCGAUCAUUCAUGUAAAGAUUGUGGUGGGGUCUAUAGCACAAAAAAAUCACUUUGGGUCCACCGGUAUAAGAAACAUCCAAAAAUUCCGGACGCUUCAGCCUGUGAUGUUUGCUCGAGAGUAUUUUUUGACAAAACGGAACUAUGUUAUCACACAGCUCAGGCGCAUGCCAGUAACGUAUGCAGUAAUAACGUUAUCAACGGGAACUCUCAUGGUCAAGAGUUUCAUGACAUGCGGUGUGCAACUGACGCAUUGUUUUCAAUGCUAGAUACAUCUGUAAACUUGAUUAAUGAAAGUUUCCGUCGUACCAACCGCAAAUUAGACGAUACCGUUUAUCAGUGUGACAUGUGUCCCAAGACUUUCCAUAUUUUGAAUGCACUUCAGGUUCACAGAGGUUGGCACUUCAGAUCUCCCGAUGGACGAAAAGUCCGUGAUCCUAAUGAUAUUUGGCAGCCUGAUCAACUGCCGCCAAGUAAGAUGAAGAAGUUAUCACAUUUGCAUCGUGUAUCAUCCGGCGUUACUACGGCUCCAGUUAUCACCGAUCCUUCUGUACAAAAAGGUUCACCUACCUGUCCAUACUGUUAUUCUACGUUUGCCAGCGGAAAUAAUUUAAAACGACAUAUAGUAGAGGUACACAAACGAAAUGAAACGAAAUCUUCGAUUCAAAAUAGCCCUUCGAUAACAGCACAUACAGUGGCAUCGUCUUUCGUUGAAAAGUUCCGAGAAUGUACGACGUGUUUUCUGAAGUUUAGUACUGUACCAGAAUGGAUCGAUCACAAACUGGGUCAUGCUCGGGUACAGAAACCUUCUCAGACAUUUGAAUGGUGUUGCGAAAUUUGUGGCAAAGCUUUUACCAGGAAGGAGCGUCUACUUCAGCAUAUGGUAUCUCAUCUUAACGUUAAAGACUCUAAUGGAGAAAAUCAAGAGCGCGUAACAGAAGAACCGAAACACCACGUAGAUGGUGAAACUGAUGGUUCAAUUCGACAUGAAACAUCGCACCAACAAGGCACUUCAUCAGCUCAAAUAAAAACGAACGAAGCACAAAUAAAGGAAGAAGACGAAGGUGAGGAUGAUGAUGACGCUAACAUUAUUGAAGCGGAGUUUAUAGAUGAUGAAGAUGAUGCUGAUGAUGACGGAGAAGAUGAUAAAAACUGUUCAAACGAUAAGGAUGAAUCUGAAGACGAUACUAAAGGCGAUGGCUCAAAAAAGACAGAACAAUAUUUUUGCGAACUGUGUCAAGUUCCUUUUAACACAGCGGAUUCGCUACGGCACCACGUAUCUGAGCAUUUCCUCAUCGGAGGAUUGGGAGGAAACAUUAAAUUUUCACAAAGAACUUCAACUGAUUCUGCUAGCUCUACUAGCAGCUCGUCCAGUAAAGAGAGCAGUAGCAAUGAUGCUGUUUAUUCAGUUGAGAUUAAACAGGAAACGGUUUAGUAAAGCAUUUGUAUCUGUAAUAAGCUUACAUACCCUUAUAGAACCAUGCAUGAUUUACAGUUUUGGUCACGAACUGCUCAUUUGCUAAUACUUUGCACACAGUUGACGAAACAUAGUUCUUUUUGAAGCAGUAGAUAGAAUAAACUUGUUAUAGAUACGUGAAAAAAAAAUAGAUUUUAAUUCUAGUAAUAAACUCAGUGCCAACAUUUCAAAGGGGCGUAAUUGUAUUUGUAAACAAUGGCUUUAGCCGUCGAUUUGUCGCGAAUAAAAGCUCACUCAUGAAAAAUAAUGACACCACCAGGUAGAUGAAUGUUUCCUCUACCAGCUAGCAUUUUUAUUUUGGAGAGGUAAGAUUUCAUUCGCGAGAAAUGGACGGCUAAAGUCAUUGUUUACAAAAGCAAUUACGCCCCUUUGAAAUGUUGGCACUGAACUGUAUUUGUUUUUGCGUUGUAAAAAUGAAGUGAGAAAUGCUUGCUGCACAUCUCGGACUUUAAGCGUAAAAAUUCAUAGGUGUUGAUUCAAAUGUUAAGAUUUACAAACUCUUUGCACUGCCGUUAUACGCAUAAGAGUCCCAUGGUGCAUAAGGAUUGCAUAGAACAUGGGACAGUUAUGUGUAUAACGGCAGUGCAUAUCUAUAGUAAGCCAUGCUUCUAAUCUAUCAAUUACUUUAAACAAAAACAAAUUUCAACAACUGAGUGUAAAGUUAUUACCAAAUGAGCAGUUGGUGUGUACAACUGUGCAUGCCAAGCAUGGAACCAUGACAGUUUCAAUAUAGGUCGUAUUUAACCUUGUUUUGGUUAUUGUAAAUCAAUAUUUACUUUAGUUUUUUUUUUAUAAAUCAUAACUCAACGGUAUCAAGUUGGCUUAUGGAGACGAACCUGCCCAGGGCUGAAAGUCUCCUUAAUAAAGAUAUAAAAAAAAAAAAAAAAAAAAAAAAGUUGGCUAUGCGUUGAAAAAUUAGUUGACACGAACACAAUCAUACAAGGCCAAUAUGGGCUCCGUCACCGUAGGUGAUCCUGUAGUUGAUCGAUCAAUGAUGAAUGAAAGAACGUCCCUUUUUAAGGUGAUACUCUAAGGAAGCCUUAGCGUGAAACUUCAAAGGCACAAAUGUCAGCUUCCACAAAACAAACAAAUUUGAAAUUGCUACUCUCUGUUUGUAGUAGCACAACAAACAAGGAGUAUCAAUUUCAAAUUUGUAUGUUUUGUGGUAGCUGACAUUUGUGCCUUUUAAGUUUCACGCUAAGGCUUCCUUAGAGUAUCACCUUAACCUGUCCAUAAGUUAGAGUUUCCAUCAACCCAUUUUUUAGUAGAACCGAUUAAUAUUAUUUCUAUGACAUUUCGAUUUUUGCAGAUACAAAGAACGUAAAAAGUAUUAGAAUUGAUAAAAUAAU